AUCUCCCCCAUUAUCCUUCCUGCACCGUAAUAUAACUUUACCUCAAGGUUUGGCAUAUCUUUGCGUACCUCAGUUUACAUUUUUGGGGUGAGCUCAGAGGAUGUGUCAGAAUGAUCUGCAGUGGAUAUGCCACACCCUCUUUGAUGAACUGAUGGACAUUGCAGUAAAGUAUCUGCAAAGUAUCUAAAACCCAUAAUUAUAUGAAAAAUAAUGUUUGUUUGUUUUUGGCACAUUUUGCUCCAGAAUUCUCCUGCAUUUGUGUAUCUGGGCCAUAGUGUUAGAGAGCAGGAAAGGUGUGCAAUAUAUGUCCCGGAAUUAGAGAACUCAAAGUUCUUGUGAAUUCUGUCAACAUUGGGUUAUUUUCAAAUAUUGCACCAGGCUGUCCAGACUAUUGGCAACGAUCUUCAGAAUCAAAGGAAUGAGGAAAGUAUCUUGAUGUCUAAUACUCCCAAAUGUUGCGAGAAUAAAAAUAUUUACAUUAUUAUGGGGGAAAUGUAUCAUUUGUUCAGUUUAUUGUGCUACAGGACAAUGAAGGUCUUAACAAUAUGCCUGAUCACCAUCUUGGAGUGGGCAUGUGUGGAGGGGAAACAGAGGACAUACUAUAUAGCAAUUAAAGAAGUAAACUGGGAUUAUGCCCCUACGGGUGUUAAUGUCAUUUCUGGAAAGUCACUUGCUGAUGAUGAACAUGCCAGCACCUUUCUACAACCUGGCCCCAAUAGAAUAGGCAGAGUCUACAAAAAAGCAGUUUACUUAGAAUAUGCAAAUGAGUUUUACACAGAAGAAAUCAAGAAACCUGACUGGCUGGGAUUUUUGGGUCCCAUCAUGACAGCUGAAGUUGGUGACACAAUGACUAUUCAUCUGAAGAAUUUUGCAUCCAGACCUUACUCCUUACAUCCCCAUGGAGUGCAAUACACAAAGGAGAAUGAAGGAGCACUAUACCCAGAUAAUAACUCUGAAGCGCGGAAAAAAGGUGAUUCUGUGAAGCCUGGUGAGUCUUACACCUACAAAUGGGAUGUUGUUGAUGAUCAGGGUCCGUCUGGAAAGGAUGAAGACUGUGUGACCAGGAUUUAUCACUCUCACAUUGACGGUCCAAGAGACGUCUACUCUGGACUUGUGGGGCCUUUAAUUAUCUGCAGAAAAGAUAAAAUAGAAGAAAUAGAGAAGAAACAGUACGAGGAGUUUAUCUUAAUGUUCUCUGUGAUAGACGAAAAUCUUAGUUGGUAUCUGGACGAAAAUAUCAAUACUUAUUGCAGUGAUCCUGGCUCUGUUAAUAAAGAAGAUGAAGACUUUCAGGAAAGCAAUAAAAUGCACUCAAUCAAUGGAUACAUGUACGGGAACCUCCCAGGUCUCUCUAUGUGUGAGAACACAAAGGUCAAGUGGUAUAUGUUUGGCAUGGGGAAUGAAGUAGAUAUUCACUCAGCAUACUUCCAUGGCCAGGUGUUAACACAUCAGCGUUAUCGUGUGGAUACUGUCAGUCUUUUUCCAGCAACAAUGAUCCAGGGUACAAUGGAGACCAAAAACCUUGGAAAAUGGCUCCUCAGCUGUCAAGUUAAUGACCACUUAGAAGGUGGUAUGCAAGCCAUUUAUGAAGUGAAGAGCUGCACAAAAAAAGUGUCCAAGAGUCCAUGCAAGGUUUGCUCAGCCAAGAGACAAUAUUAUAUUGCUGCUGAAGAAUUAAUCUGGAACUAUGGUCCAACAUCAGUCAAUCAGUAUACUGGACAAAAGUUAGAUAAUCCUGAAAGUGAAUCAGCAACAUUUUUUGAGCAAAGUGAAAACAGAAUUGGAGGCUCGUAUAAGAAAGCAGUUUAUGUGGAAUACACAGACUCAACUUUCACAAAGAAGAAGGAAAGAUCGAAGGAAGAAGAGCAUCUCGGAGUUCUAGGGCCAGUCAUUUUGGCACAAGUAGGAGAUACUAUCAAGAUCACUUUUAAAAACAACGCAGGCCGUCCAUACAGCAUCCAAGCUCAUGGAGUGAGCUACCCAAAAGAAAUGGAAGGGGCUCUCUACAAAACUGGUAACAAUGAUGAAGAGUCAUCUGCCUCCCAUGUGGCCCCUGGAGACACUUUCACAUAUGAGUGGGAUGUACCAGAGAGUGUGGGGUCAACGAUGCAUGACCUGAACUGCUUACCAUGGCUGUACUACUCAUCGGUUGAUGCAGUCAGGGACACAAAUUCUGGAUUGGUGGGUCCUUUACUAGUGUGUAAGAGUUUAAUCAAUGAUAAACAGAGAGGAGUCGCACACAAUUACUUCAUGAUGCCUUAUGUAUUUGAUGAAAAUCUGAGCUGGUAUCUGGCAGAGAACAUAGAGCUUUUCACAAGCAGCCCCCGUACUGUGAACCAGGAAGACCCAGAUUUUCAGGAAUCCAAUAUGAUGCACUCAAUCAAUGGAUACAUGUAUGGAAACCAGCCUGGUCUAGAUAUGUGUAAAGGAGACUCAAUCCGUUGGCAUAUGCUGGGUCUAGGCAAUGAGGUUGAUAUGCAUGGAAUACACUUUACAGGAAAUACCAUUCAGAUCCACGAUACCACAAGGGAUGUAGCAAGCUUAUUUCCACACAUCUCAUACUCAGUAAUAAUGAACCCCGACAAUGAAGGUGUUUUUGAUGUUGAAUGUAUGACCACAGACCAUUACAAAGGGGGAAUGAGACAGCACUAUAGGGUUAAGUCAUGUGGUCCACAGUUACCUCGGCUAGAAAUGUUCCAUACACACACAUAUUACAUUGCAGCAGAAGAGGUUGAAUGGGACUAUUCUCCAAAUCGGACCUGGGAACACGAGAGGCAUUCAAUCCAUGAGGAGAGUCCAGGAGAUGUGUUUCUAAAUAAAACCCGAACCUCCAUUGGUUCAAAAUAUAAAAAAGCUGUAUACCGGGAAUACACAGACAAAACCUUUACAGUACAAAAGGAAAGAACAGGAAACCAAGAGCAUUUGGGUAUUCUAGGUCCACUAAUAACAGCAAAUGUUGGUGAUAAAAUAAAGAUUAUAUUUAAAAACAAGGCAAGUAGACCAUACUCUAUCUAUGCACAUGGAGUUAAACUGGAAAAUAAUGAAGUAAAGGCAACAGAACCAGGAAAUAUUGAAACGUACAUUUGGAAAGUUCCCGAAAGAUCUGGACCUAAAAGACAAGAAAACGAUUGUUUGACCUGGGCUUAUUACUCAACAGUUGAUCAAAUAAAGGACACAUACAGUGGAUUGGUCGGGCCUCUUGUAAUUUGCAAGAAACUACUUUUUCCAUUGAGGUUACACAAAGAGAAAAUCUUGCGAUAUGCUCUUCUUUUUAUGGUGUUUGAUGAAAAUGAAUCCUGGUAUCUAGAAGAGAAUAUUAAAAAAUAUUCACUGCAUCCAGAGGAGGUGAAGAAAGAUGACGAAGAGUUUAUUGAAAGUAACAAGAUGCAUGGUAUUAAUGGCAGACUCUACGCCAACUUACAUGGCCUUACUAUGCACGUUGGUGACCGCAUAAAUUGGCACCUCAUUGGCCUUGGGAAUGAAGUGGAUGUGCACACAGUACAUUUUCAUGCACACAGCUUUAAAUAUACGAUGGGUGAUGUUUAUCAAUCAGAUGUAUUUGAUCUUUUUCCUGGAACGGCUCAAACAGUCGAAAUGGUUGCAAAGACUCCAGGAACAUGGCUGCUUCAUUGUCAUGUGGCUGACCAUAUACAUGCUGGAAUGGAGACUUUGUACACAGUAUUUGAAAAGGAAACUUUCAUGGAUAAAUUUACUAAACAUUUUCCUGGACUUUCUAAGCCUGUGAAAGAAGAUGCAGCUUAAACAAGUUUGAAGGAUGAAUACAUGAUCAUUACAUCAAACAUUUGUACCUGUAAAAUGUAUUUUACAAAAUAAAGAAUACAUAUGAUUAGGUCAUCUUU